UGCGUGCCGGCCCACUUAAAGCACUGCCUGUGCUGCAACAAGAUAACAAGAUUUAAGUGUUGUCUGUCGAUCAUUACAGAAUGCAUUGUGCUCUAACAGCACACAUAUGAAUAUAAAUCUGUGUGGCAGCUGUGUAGAUGGCCCUUCUGAGCUGGGACCGAGUUCAUACUUGAAACAAACAAGUAGUGGAGAGUAAGAAGUUGGUGUGCAGCACUUCAGUUCGCAGCCCCGGUCUCUACUUCUCUGUGCGUCCGUCUGCGAAGCUUGAUUUUGCGGAGCGACACGCUGCAAUGGACGGUCCCAGCAGAUCUGCUACACUGGAGCAUUAUAAGGCAGCCAUGUUGCUGAGUGGUGUUGGUGAUGCUCUGGGAUACAGGAACCAGCUGUGGGAGUACAAUGAGUCGGGACCAGCUAUUCACCAGGAGUUGAAGGAGUUUGGUGGUCUGAAGAACAUCAAGGCUGAGCUGCCUGACUGGCCGGUGAGCGACGACACGGUUCUGCAUCUGGCAACAGCUGAGGGGCUGGCAACUGGGAAGAUGGGGGAGGAGCUCAUGCAUGAGGUGGCUGCUCGAUAUGUGGAGGGGAUGAAAGACAUGGACGGGAGGAAACCAGGGCCUUCAAGCAUUCUUGGAGUCUCCCAGCUGAAGCCUGGAGAGGAAGGGGGCUACAGAGUGCCCUACAACCCAGAGGGGACGGGUUGUGGAGCGGCCAUGAGGUCCAUGUGCAUUGGCCUCAGGUAUCCAAAGCCUGACCAGCUGUUGUCAUUGGUUGCGGUUGCUGUAGAGACGGGCAGAAUGACCCAUCCUCACCCCACUGGCUUCCUUGGCGCGGUAGCAUCGGCCCUUUUUACUGCGUACGCCGUCCAGCGCAGGCCAGUCACCACGUGGGGCGUAGGCCUGAUCAACGAGGCCUGUCCAAUAGCGAAGAGCUUUGUUCAGGGUCGAGGCUUCGCUGUGGAGGAGACGGAGAGAGACUGGGGCUACUUCUGUGACAAGUGGCAGUGGUACCUGGAUUUGAGGGGCAUCUCUAAUGGCGUGGGGCCUACAAUCUGGCCCACCAACUACGGCCCAGCUGAGAGAGACGAAGCCUACAAGAGCUUCAGCCUGUCGGGCUGGGCGGGACGCAGCGGCCAUGACGCUCCUAUGAUAGCGCUCGAUGCCCUGCUGGGGGCGGGGUCAGACUGGGAAGAGCUGAUGAGCAGAGCGGCCUUCCAUGGAGGCGACAGUGACAGCACAGCUGUGAUUGCCUGCUGCUGCUGGGGUCUCCUCUACGGUACGCAGGGGGUCCCUGAAGGCAACUACUCCGACCUGGAGUACCGGGACCGACUGGAGCGCAGUGCCGAGCAACUCUACGCGCUGUCACACUGAGAAGUCUGCCACAGCCUGCUGUAGUGACAGUGUGUCCAAACAUCUCGCGCUGAGGGGAAACUAGGCCACGCGCUGACACGUUGACAUAGAGCCAGUUGGUGCGCUCAGUUGUACAUCGAUUUCAAGUGCCGUCACAUAACCACAAUGUGUGGUGUCAUGCUUGCCUGAAGGGGAAACAGUGUCCCACUAACCCAAAGAGUCAUUCUGCCGCGUCAAGGACUGUGUGCCUUAUGACACUGUCACUGAGGCUGGUGUAUUAAGAGGGGUCCCUCUAGUGACCAUUUUAAAUUAACAUGUAGAGUUGUACCACUGAGUGGAACGAAUCCAAGCUAAUGAGAAUUUGAAGAGAAUACAAGAAGUCCCCUGGGAGGUAAUUACUUCGUUUUGUCAGCCUGACAUGAUAGCAAAUGCUUAGUGAGCUUCAAAUUAAAUGUGUUCUUGUUAUUGUCUAAUGAAAAAUACAUUUCUGUGUCUCAUUAUAGUUAACUGUUCCUUCAAGCAGUGCAGAGUAAAAGUGUAACCGCAAUGCUGCAGACAAACACAAUUAAUGAU